UGUAAAACAAAGACGGACGUAAAAUGAAGGGGACUUGACAUGUCGUUUAUAUUUAGUUUUGUAUGUGUGAGUGGACUACUCGUGUAGAUAUAAACAGGUCGGAUAGCGGGUUGACUUGGACCAUUUAUCAUGAUGGAAGCAAUAUUUGCUGAACCAGUAGCCUCCCCUUAUUGACGAGUAGACCAGCGAGAUGGAACAGAUAAUCAAUAUGGAGGAGAUAAACCGAAUAAAGGAAAUGAUCACAAACAUCUUUGAAACCAACGCAAAAGUGACGCAAAUUCUGCAAGAAAGGGAAGCCGAUAAUAAUGCAGAUGAAGAACGACGUCAUCAAAUUAAUGAUUCAGAGGAUUCCUUCCAACGACUAGAGAAACGUAUCCAGGAAGGAGAUGAUGAAUUUCAGGAAUUAGAGAACAUGGUUCGUGAUCUUGUGCCUAGGGUAGAACGAGCGGCUUCUCUGGUGAGCAAUUACACACGCCAUCUAAACAAGGAACGGAACCGUUGCGUUCCGGUAGAUCUUGGUACUACAAAACUUCAUAGGUCUAGAGGUCAGCAACAUAAUAAUGGAGGUUCUGAAUAUCUUUCUCAACGAGGAAACAGUCACACAAAUAUUCAAAACUUCACAACUGGGCACAACGGCGAAAAUUAUACAUUAUCGUUAGCAAAUGCUGCUCAAAGUAACACAGAUGAACUUGAGAGUAAAAAGAAAGUAAGAUUUGCUAACGAAUCGCCUUUUCCUCAGAGUAUGAACAGUGUUGAUUCUAGGGGAUCUUCAAUGAGAAUGAAAUUUGAAUCUCCUGGUGAAAAUGAAAACGGAGAGCCAAAGAACCAAAGCAAUGAUAACGGUUACAGCGAUGAUAGGUCCCAAACGGCCAAAGUACCUGUUAGUGAAACCGGUUUUAAACAAAGACUGACGGGAAAAGACGUCGAUAACAGACUUCAAUAUUUUAGGAAAAUUCAGAUGCAGAUAAGAGAUAACAAACAAACCGUUGCAGAGAGUAAAGAGGAAAAAGGCGCCGAAGAUAAGUACCAAGGUGUUACUCCUAAUGAUAGUAUGCUGAAAGAUAAGGAUGUAUUAGGAUAUAGGAAAGACGGAAUAGCGCGUCAACCCCAAACCCUAAUGACAAGUGUAGGAGGACACGAUGGCUUAGAUGUGUCCCUAUGCAGUUCUUCGGGAGAGGAAGCUCUCAAACGUGUGAGCGAAGACCCAGAUCCUGCACAACAAAUUGCAAAUAAGGACGAGGACCUGUCCAUGGCAAUUUCGAUGAAGGACAACAUGGAAGUAUCGGCUUAUAUGAAUGAGUUGAACAGAAAAGCAAAGAGAGAAGCAUUAAAAGGGCAAACAGACGAACUACGACGGGGAGUCGGACCUGUCACGGUCUUGUGCUUAGAUACUUCAGGGAGUAUGGAAGGUGCAGCAUUCCGGGAGAUGAUUUCACUAGCAAUUAAGUUUGUUGAUGGGAUUCGAAAAGUCUCCCUACUCCUUGGUAUAACAGAGAACAUUGGGGUGUCCACUUUCGGAAAGCAGACUGGUGUCCUUCUCCAUAUAACCAACCAAUAUGACAAGGUGAAGGAGGUGUUACUAACACUAAAGGCAGAAGGACCUAGUCCGAUGUUCGGGGGAAUAAUAAUGGCAAGUGCAGCAUGUAUUUACAAAGACGUCACGAUGAACGGAAUCUCCAUUGGGAGCAGGAUCAUACUGAUAUCUGAUGGCAAGGGCACACCCGAUUACUGGCAUCUGAUGGGCGACACUGUCGACCCCAACAACGCAAAGGCUAAGUUAUUGGUGAAUAACUCUAUGGUCAACGCAGGUCAUCUGGUUAAGUCACAUGGAAAUACUGUUUAUUCAGUUCCGGUUGGAGAUUACACGGAGGAAACUCUGGCACAAGUGGCGAGAACAUCUGGCGGGCACAUCAUUCAAAGAAAUGAGCUUAACCGACUUGUACAGUUCGCACAACAACAGAGCAUAGCCGCAAGCUCCGUGUGCAUGUGUAGGGAUCUGGGAGAGGAAGUAGAUCGCGAGCCUUUCCUUAGGUCCAUGAUCGGUGUGGAGAGCCUACCUGGAGAGCCUACCUUCGACCAAACCAAAAUGGACAUUCUAACUCUAGCAUUAAAGUUUUCCAAGUCUGAGGUCCAACGAAAGGACACAGGUGACAAAGGCGACGUCAUGGAAGAGGUAAACACGAACAUGCCGUGCAUCGGAACACGUGUCCGACGCGGUCCAAACUGGAACUUGGGUAACCAGGAUUACGAAGGACCCGGGACGGUUGUUGGCCAUGAUUCCGAUGGUAAAGAAUGGACAUUUGGAGAUCAGGACGGUGGUGAGGGGACAGUGGGUAUUGUAUGCCGAGCAGAUCCUGCAAAGACUGUCCAUGUGCGAUGGCCUAACAAGACAGUAGAGAGAUAUAACUUUGGAGCUAAUGGACGCUUUGACGUGGAACUGAUUAACCAACGAGAACCCAGUGUAACUUCAGCCUCCAUUUUUCCACCCAAAAGGAGAGAGGGUACUAUUGCAGGCAAGGGCAAGGACGCUCGGAAGGAAAUGUCUAUUGAAGACAUGAAUCGUCUCAACCAGAGAAAAUAAACGCGUCUUUUAUAUCAAAAAUGUGCAUGUACUGGACAGGAUAAAAAAGAAAUAUUUCUUUUAUAAUAAAAUGUAUAAAAGACAAAAGGUUCAAAAUCCUCCAUUAUAAAAACAAGAGGCCCAUGGGCCUUAACGGUCACCUAAGUAAUGUAACAAAUGAUG